UCAGUUGCAGUUGUCAUUUAUGUUACACUUUAUAACACAAUAAGAGUGUAACACUUUGUCAUUUACAUGAGCCUUUCCUGCUGACAAAGUUAUUGAGAGAGACGGGUUAAAAUACUUUACAGCUGAAGGUAUAAAGUGAUGAAGAACUGGGGUGUGAUUGGCGGCUUUGCUGCAGCUUUGGCAGCUGGAAUAUAUGUCUUAUGGGGUCCUAUAAUUGACAGAAAGCAAAGAAAAAAAGGGCUUGUACCAGGCCUUCUAAAUUUGGGAAACACAUGCUUUAUGAAUUCUCUGCUCCAAGGCUUGUCUGCUUGUCCGUCAUUCAUUAAGUGGUUGGAGGAAUUCAUAUCACAAUAUACGACAGAACAGAACUCAACAGAAAAUCAGUAUCUUUCUGUUACGCUGCUGAAGCUCUUAAAAGCGUUAUCCAACCAGGAGACCACAGAGGAUGAGGUGUUAGAUGCCAGCCCCCUUCUGGAGGUGCUACGCAUGUACCGGUGGCAGAUUUCCUCUUUUGAAGAACAGGAUGCCCAUGAACUCUUCCAUGUGUUGACAUCAUCACUGGAAGAUGAGAAAGAUCGUCAGUCUCAUGUGACGCACCUCUUUGAUGUGCAGUCUUUAGAGCUCCCACAGAAUCCUGAAAGCCAGAUCCAUUGCAGAACAAGAGGAGUAAUUCACCCCAUUCCAAAUCAUUGGAAAACUCAACACCCUUUCCACGGGAGACUUACCAGUAACAUGGUUUGCAAGCACUGCCAGCACCAGAGUCCUAUGAGAUAUGACACUUUUGACAGCCUUUCAUUAAGCAUUCCUGCUGCUACCUGGGGUCGCGCUGUGACGCUGGAUCGCUGCUUGCAGCAUUUCAUUUCCACUGAAUCGGUGAAGGAUGUUGUCUGUGAAAAUUGCACCAAAAUUCAAGCUGGGGAGAGGCAGAACGGGCAAGUAACAGAAAACCGGAAAACAACGUUUGUCAAGCAGCUUCAGCUGGGGAAGCUCCCUCAGUGCUUGUGCAUCCACUUGCAGCGUCUUAGCUGGUCUAAUCAGGGUAGCCCCUUGAAACGCAACGAGCAUGUCCAGUUUGGAGAGUUCCUGGCCUUAGACAAAUACAAGUACCGGCUUAACAAAAAUGCCCAGCGGCAUUUACCUAGUCACCAAGAUAACGUGGCACAUGGAACAGCAGACGUGCAAGCAGCUCCUGUUGACUUUCAUAAUCCCAAGGCACAAUUCCAGAAUGGAACCUGCUCCUCGACAUCAUCAUUCUCACAUCCGUUCACAAAUCAACUGACCUCAUACUCUGAAUGCUCGCGCCCUACAUACCUUUUCCGUCUUACAGCGGUCAUAGUUCAUCAUGGCGACAUGCACUCUGGACAUUUUGUGACCUACCGACGCUCCCCUUCUCCUGUGAAAACUUCUAGCCAGCAGUGGCUGUGGGUUUCAGAUGACAUUGUGCGCAGGGCCAGUCUACAGGAGGUCCUUUCUUCAAGUGCUUACCUACUCUUUUAUGAGCGUGUCCAAUCAAAGCCCCACAGUCCAGAUCAAGUACUCCGCUCAGAAGAGUAAAGCCACCGAGAGAGUAAGUGGGGCCAUUAAAAAAAAAAAAACUUUAAAGCAGGAAACAUUCACACGCAUUUGAUCAGUGUCUAUCUAAAAAGGACAAGAUUAUCUUGAAAUUCUUUUAGCAGUCUAAGGGCUUGUUUAAAAACUGCGCUAAUUCAGUUGUUUUGUCUACUUUCUAUGUUAUCGGAAUAUUGCACAUGCUAAUCAACUUUAUUAUAUCCACCAGAGAUCUCGUACAUGUUUUAACAGUGAUUUAAAUCAGGAAUAAUAAUGUAAGGUUACGCUCAUUCAUUUUGUUUUUGUGUGCAUGUGUAAAAGAACGUACCAAAGAUGUUGAUUGUGCCGCUGCUUCUCUUUCUAUGUAUCCUGCCAGAGAUUACCUAUUUUAAAGCUGAGGGCAGUGGGCAUGAGAGACCUAUUAUCACAUUCAAUGAUUUUAAAAUCUAAGCAAAAUGAAAAUAAAAUGAUUGAUCUGAAAAUAAAAAUGAAUGACAAAUAAUUUAAGGACUGUGAGGAUAAAGCACCAAUGUGAUUCAUAUAAUGAUCAUUACUCUUUAAGAUCACCCACAUUUGCUGAGCACUGCCAAGUUAGCUAACUCAAGUGAUUACAGGAUGUCCCUUUGCAUUAGUUACAAAGUGUGGUUUAUUCACUAAAAAUGAGCUUGUCUGAGGGUUGCAGUCAACCACUUAUUUCUCACUGCAAUAUAAAAGGUGUGUUUCUCCUGCAAUAUAAGUUGAUCUUUCACUGCAUAAUGCAUAGUUUAAUUUGUGAGGCGACUAAAGAAAUGUUGCUGAUAAUUAUGCCUGAUACAGGGCUGACCAGUUGCUUUUCACAGUAGAAUCUUAGGUCGGUCCCUCCUUCAGCAGAGACUGCAACUCUCCCCAAUGCCAGCUUUAGUGAAUAGAACCCAGUAUUUUCGUUCUCAAUUUAGAACCUCAGAUGUAAUGUGCCAUGGAGCUGUUUUUGGAAGGAUUUUUGUGUAAAUAAAUGUACAUAAGAGAUAUUUAUUCUUAUCUGGAAAAAAUGUACUAAAUUAUAUGUAAUUUGUUUUAAUAUGAUGUACACCAAUGGUAAUAAAGAUGUUUUGUUGAAAA